UCAAUUCGAUCAUCAAUAGGUUGGCAGCAUCAAUGUAUCCUUUCGUGUUCUGUCUCCAAUUCUCCGUACUCAACCUAGGCCUCUUCCUUUCCCGUGUCAUCAAUUAAGCCUGCACCUGCAGGGUUAUAUAUAGGAUACAAUGAUCUUUGAGUUUCCCCUGGGUUUUAUGCAGAGGAUCAGGAGUUCAGAACUCCGCCGAGAGAAGCCGAAUAGCAACUCCAAGGAAAAAUGGUAUUCUUUGAUACGGCCGAUCUUUUCCUUGGUUUGUUUCCGACUGUACCUGCUUACGCGAGCUAUGUUGAAAUGUUUGAUCCUACUUUGGAACUCUGGUACUUUCUCUGAAAUGUUUGGUAGAUUUUCUUGAAACUCUGACAGCCUCCCUAUAAACAGAUGUUGAGCUGAUAAUCUUUCGUUGACGUCAUUAGGACCCAGAGAAGCAGAUCAAGUUCAUGACCUACAACGUUUGGUCCCGUGAUGACAUUGUGGUCUAUAGAAGAAUGGAGGAUAUCAGCGGCUGCGUGAAGAAACAUCAGCCAGAUGUGAUUUUCUUCCAGGUAACUAAAGCCCAUGAUAAGUCAUGUGCACUGUUGAUUCAACUCCACAUUUCCAUCCUUAUCCGUUAUAUAACUUGUUCGACGUUCAGGAAUUCACUCCAUACAUUCUAAGGAUCUGUCAGAGUUUCUCAUGGUGGAAAGAGUACCACUGUUCACCGAUCUCCCUGGAAGAACGGAAAGACAAAAGCUUCUGCAUAAUGGUAGUCUUACUGUCACUAUUUCGUAUCAUUCCCUUUUGACAUCUUCAUCGCGGUUGUCACAGCUGAGCAAGGUUCCUAUGGAGAAUCACGCGCGCUGGAAGUUCACCACCACGGCAACAGGCAAAAGCUAUCUAGAGGCCGACAUUAUCCCAGGCCUCGAGCUGGGGUCGAUGACGGCGAUGAAGCCAAUCCGCAUCGCCACGACCCAGCUCGAGCCCCCCUGCCCACCGGAAUCGGUGCGCUGCAUGGAGCGCUACACUCAAGCAGAGCACGCCGUGGCGGCGCUGAGCAGCGGGGAGAACGUCGUGUUCGGCGGCGACAUGAGCUGGGACGACAAGAUGGACCUGCCGUUCCCUCUCCCCGCAGGCUGGGUGGACGCCUGGAAAGAACUGAGGCGUGUGGGCCAUGAAUAUAGUUGGACUUACGACAGUUUCUGGGCAGAAAAGAUCGGGGAGUUCAAUGGCUAUACAGCUCCUGCCUCAGAAAUGAAGAAGCGGUCAGACCGGUUUGUGUGCAAGCUACAUGAUUACACACUGAAACAUACCGAGGUGAUCGAGGAUCAGGGUCUUGGGAUUUCUUAUACGAAGAAGUACAAGACCUACAACCUCGAAAAGGUGGAGCUAAUGCGGAGUUGUCACCGCGGGUUGGUUCUGACCAUCGUCCCGAACGAGCCAGAUAUUAGUACCCCUUUUGAUUGAAGGGGUAAUUCUAAUCUCCACAUUUAAUCCGCAUCAAACUUUUCUAGGGGGUGUACCCAAGCAAAGUUCUCAACAUAUUCGUUGACUCUUGUUUGUUCCAUGACGCUUAAGUAUCACUAAGAAAUGGACGCGUCUAGCGAGCGUGCAUAUGCUCGGUAGCGAUCCCGGGCGGCCGGCCAACAAAGGAAACCCCUGGCCCCCACGUCCCGAAAAGGAAACCGCCAGCCCGCGCCCGCUGCAUGCCAUCCCACCAACCAGGCGAUCCCCCAGCCGCUGCAUGCCGUCCCACCAACCAGGCGCCCACCAACGCAGGCAGGAGCCGUGGGAGAUCACGUGAAUCUUCCCCCAAGUCUCGCACCACCUCCAACCCCCGGAUCCUUUUUCGCAUACAUCCAUCGCAACUGCCCAGGCACAUCUUCUUCCCCAUGAAAACUCUCUCUACAGGAAGAACCCUCAUAUCGCCAUGACAGCUAAAACAAGCUGAGAUCCAGGCCAAAAACCCCAGAAAUCACGCCAGAAACCUAUGAGUUCCUCCUCACCAGAUCCUUCCUCGUUCACU